AUGGCGGUUGGAUCGACCCGGAAAAUAUCUGCCGCCUCCGCCCGGGCGCACACCCGCCGUCCCAAGGCAAAAGCUGCUUCCAAAUUCUCAGGGAUAUUGAAGAAAAUAUUGUUAAUUGGGUUCGUGGGGCUUUUAGCUUGGGCUUAUCAGACUACAAAGCCUCCACCUCCAAAGACUUGUGGCUCGGCAGACGGGCCCCCGGUUACAGCAUCGAGAGUACAGCUUAAGGAUGGUAGAUACUUGGCCUAUCAAGAAUUUGGCGUACCUAAGGAAAUCGCAAAGCAUAAGAUAGUGUUUAUCCAUGCUUUUGAUUCUUCCAGGCAUGGUGUUUCUGCAUUAACUGCAAACCUCUCCCCG